AAAGUAACCAACUCUUUCAUCCUGUCACACGCUCACAUCCUCCCUCGGAAUUCUUGUUAAACCCGACCCAACCACCAAAUCACCAUCGGAGCUCGUUGGCCCGAUAUCAUCCAAAGAUUCUUGCUUUUUGGACUCAGCUGUGCUGCUAGUCGGCGGUGGAGUUCUUUCCGCCUACUCCCGCCGGCGGAGAAAUCAGUAACUUUUUUUCCCUGUUUCUAUUUACAAAAUCUGGUCUUGUUGGCGCGUAUAUGCACGGAGAAGCUUUCAAUUAUCCUCUUGAAACUUUUAUGGUUCGCCUAAUCUAAACGUCCGAACUCCAUUCUGAUGCUAGACACACUUGGUUUAUGAAGCUUGUCCUAGCUCUAAUAUUGCCCAAUGAAUGCCCCAAUUAUAGAUCCACUGCAGGGGGAUUUUCCAGAGGUGAUAGAAGAGUAUUUGGAGCACGGGGUUAUGAAAUGCAUUGCAUUUAACCGGAGGGGAACUCUUCUUGCUGCUGGAUGCUCUGACGGAAGCUGCAUUAUUUGGGAUUUUGAGACCCGAGGAAUCUCAAAAGAAUUGAGGGAUAAAGACUGUCUUGCUGCCAUCACUAGUGUAUGUUGGUCAAAGUAUGGCCACCGCAUACUUGUAUCAGCCGCUGAUAAAUCAUUAACACUCUGGGAUGUUGUCAAAGGAGAGAAGAUUAUGCGCAUAACCCUUCAACAAACCCCAUUGCAUGCUCGUUUACAUCCCGGUUCCUCAUUUCCAACUUCUUGCUUGGUGUGCCCUUUGUCAUCAGCUCCAAUGAUUGUUGACUUGAACACUGGAAGCACAAAAGUACUUCCCGUUUCAACUCCUGAUGCAGGAGGGAGUGGACUGGCACCACCUUCACGCAAUAAAUUUUCAGACGGAUCUGCUCCUUUCACUCCUACAGCAGCUUGCUUCAACAAGUAUGGAGAUCUGGUUUAUGUUGGAAAUUCAAAAGGGGAAGUACUCAUAAUUGACCAUAAAACCGUCCAAGUGCUUGGCAUUAUUUCCACUCAAGGAGGUGCUGUGGUGAAGAAUAUUGUAUUCAGCAGGAAUGGGCAAUUUCUUUUGACAAACUCUAAUGAUCGUACACUCAGGAUUUAUGAAAAUCUUCUUCCAUUAAAAGAUGGACUGAAAAGCGUGUAUGAUGUAAGUAAUAACUUGAAUGAGCUAGAAGGAGUAGAGAAACUUAAAGCUGUAGGGUCUAAGUUUUUAACCUUAUUUAGAGAGUUUCAAGAUUCCAUCACCAGAGUGCACUGGAAGGCACCAUGUUUUAGUGGUGAUGGUGAGUGGUUGGUUGGUGGUUCUGCUAGCAAAGGAGAGCACAAGAUCUACAUCUGGGAUAGGGUUGGACAUCUUGUUAAAAUACUUGAAGGGCCAAAGGAAGCCUUGAUAGAUUUAGCGUGGCAUCCUGUCCACCCUGUUGUUGUUUCUGUUUCAUUGACGGGAUUGGCCUAUAUUUGGGCCAAGGAUUACACUGAGAAUUGGAGCGCAUUUGCUCCAGAUUUCAAAGAACUCGAGGAGAAUGAAGAGUAUGUAGAAAGGGAAGAUGAAUUUGAUCUGGUGCCUGAAACAGAGAAGGCUAAAGAACCCGAUGUCAAUGAAGAUGAAGAAGUUGACAUUGUGACAGUGGAGAGAGAUACAACAUUCAGUGAUUCUGAUAUAUCGCAGGAUGAAGUUCUCUUCUUGCCAGUCGAUCCAACACCUGAUCAUCUUGAGCAGCAGGACAAGUGUGUCAGUAGUACUUCAAAGCUAGCGGAUAGCAACCAGUCAGGAUCCCCUCACUCCGAAAAGGCUGAGCGGAACGGGCAGACGGCUAACCAUGAAGCCAGUCCAUCUGAAGCAAUGGAUAAUUCUACUGCAGAAGAAACUAGUGCAAAAGGGUUGAGAAGAAAAAGGAAGCCUUCUGAGAAGGUAUUGGAGUUGCAAGCUGAAAAGGUUAAAAAACCUUCUCAGAAGAAAACAUCUGGUAAACGCCAAAACUAGAAGUAAUGAAUAGUUCAAGAGGGAGUUAGUUUUUGAAACUUUUGUGGUGGAAUCCAUAAAUCCAUUGAGUAUUUCUAUUGUAUCAUUACCUGAUCCACUCCUAUGACAAUUUUUAAUUCCCCAAUCUGUUUUGAGGUAGAUUAUGAAUUUAUGACCAGGCAUUAUCACCUUUUUGUCAAUACCUAGUGUCUGCUAUUUUAUACUAUUUUUUUGAAAAUGAAUUUCUUGAUCGGUGCAGUCUUAAUUAUUUAUCUGCUGGCAAGCAAUCUGCAAACAUUGGGCAGACUGACGUGUCUUCGUUCUCUUCUGCCACUCUUUUUGAGUUCAUAUUAUUGGCAGUAUAACUGAUAAUUCAUUGUAGAUCCUCAAAUAUAGAUAUUUCUUAUUGAAUGCAUUAAAUGCUCGGCCCGAAUGUGUAGAGCAGUCAUUAGACAUUUAGAGCCCGUUUGGUAAUACCUAAAUCGGCUGCAUUGGCUGAUCCUGCUGAAAUUAUGAAUUUGACUUAAGUGGUUGGAUUGGCUGAUUCUAUUGAUUUAUGAAAAAAUUAUAUUUUAAAUAUAUUUUAUUAAUUAAAUAAAGGAAAAAAUUCAAAAAAUUAACUAAAAUGAGCCUCUACAGUAACUUCAACCAAUACAGCCAGAAAAGUAACUUCAACCUUACUUUUCCUUAUUAUUACACAAUUCAGCUUGCAAAAUCAAAAGUUAUGUGUUUGUGAAAAGUUGGUUGAUAAGCCGAAAAACAAGGUCACCAAAUGAGCUCUUAAAGUAAAAUGUUUUACCCUGUAUGCUGUUUAUGCUGUUCACCGGACAGGUUAUAGUUUUUUUUUGAAAUCUAAACUACACACAUACAUCCUUUAAUUUACAUCUUAAGCGUCAUGGUUCUUUCUUUCUUCUUCUUAUUAUUUUAAUCCCAUUGGUAUGUUGAACUUUGCAGGAUCUAUCUUUACUUACCAAACAUCGAAAAAGCUUUUUCAUGAAAAAUAUAUCCCUUUUUUCAUCUUUAAGUGAAGAAAACAUGGAGUUAGAAAAAAUGUUAAUGUUCAUAACAAGGCGUUUGUGAUCAUGGUAGUGGAAUCUUGACAAACACAAUGUUCUCAUGAUACUUUUUUUUAAUCCUAGACUCUCAAGAAUCCAGCUCAAACCCUGGAGAUAAGUAAAUUUGAGUCUCGAACAAUCCGCUAUGUUCCCAACUAUCAUUUAUAUACCACCGUGCACAAGAAAUUGCUCUUAAGUAAUUGAUUUCGCUUGUCCUCAUGUUACUAGUACAGUUCCGGGGAAAACCGCUACUGAUUGGUCAAACACUGUCAGAUUCCCAACAAGAAGCCAACUCCCACGCUGCCGCUUGAGGAGAGACAAAUUUCUAAUUGCGCGAUUACUCAAGCUAGCCCAUGGGGGCAAGAGGAUCGUCAUUUGAGAAAACCCUCCCAAAGUCACUUCCUUGGUGACUUGAACCCAAGUUCUCCCACAUGAGGAUGAUCUUAAGUGUGGGGUGUGAUCCAUUUGGACCACUUCCACUUGUCAUGUGCUUAUGAUACUAUUAUUGAGUACUUUGGGGUAUCAAGUACAUCUACCCCAUUGAAGCAAGUACAGAAGUCUAUACUGAAGGAAGUGAGUCCCUGGAAUUAAUCUAAGUACCCGUCACAUGCUCCAAUGCUGAGUUUAGCUUACACGAUCACUUAGCCUUGAACGUUGUGUUCUACAUAGGACAUUUCCAAAAAUAUACUAUCGUAUAUUUUAAUGAUUCUGCUUUAGUAUAUUGAACACUUGAGUUGGAGUUUGGAUACUUCAUACUUGUUAAACUGACAGUCACGGGAAGUAAUCAAUAGUCAUUGCAUUUUUGUUAGACUCUAUAAUUUUUUGCGUCCUUUGUUGCAAGAGGAAAAGAUUGUGGUUCAUGUGCUUGGAAGUGUUCAGAGGUAGUCAAGUAGCAGUUUCCAGUAAAGCCAGUUUCUCGUUUUACAUUCCAUGCUAUUGUUUAUGGUGGGUGAUACAUUCUGCUACACAGGUAUACUAUUCUUUAUUCCCUGUUCACUGUACUUUGCAGGAUCAAUGCAGCCAUUCUUGUUACUCCUUUCUUACUCCUAUUUCUUCAUUUUUAAUGCUAUGAAAUCAAGGGCAGCAGAAUAUAAAAGGCUGCUUCAUUAGGGCACCACCUUACCAUCACUACCAUGAGUCAUGACAUGGGGAUAUUUUAUUCUUUGGGUGGUGGUGGUUGUGCAGUAAUAAUAAUUAUUCGUACUAUUCCAUCCAUUCCUAAUUCAGAGAAGUGCCCAAUAUGACUUGCGAACAACUUAAGAAGUAAUCGUUGUGUACUUGAGAUAAAAUUUUAAGAGAGAAAAAUGUGAACCACAUUAUUUUCCUUGAUGUGAAAUGGGAAAGAAUUUUGAGAUGGGCAAAAAGGAAAGCAUAUAGAUAAUUUGGGAACAGUCGCAGAGGGAGUAAUUUGAGCUGUAAUUUGUACAAGGAUCUUGUGUAUUAUCAACAGCGAUAAAUUAGGAUUUACUCCACAUUAUUGGUUUAUUUGGGGUGCUUAUUUUCUUUCACUUUCAUGGGUUAUUUUUCUUCCUUUACAGAUACAGUAGCUUCUAGUGAUAGACCGUUUUUUAUGCACCGUGAUAUUUUAUUACUCCCUCCCAAAAGAAUCAUGCUUGAGCAAGGCGCACUUUUUUUUUUCAUGAACCUCAAUCAAAGUACAAGCUUUGAAAAUUUAUAAAUGGUCACACACUCUCCAAGUCAUUCGGUAAAGGAUAUGUUUUAGACUUUUAGCUCAUCUCAUACGGUAAAUGUCAUUUACCUCCGUUGAGGUAUCAUAAUGUCAUACCGUACUGUUAAAGAAAUAGGCACUUACCUCUUAGAUGUUUUAAAAAUACCAAGAACCUUCCCCCUCCAUUGGUUGGCCUUGACUUAUUAAAGUCCAAAUUACCAUCAUCAACAAUAUGUUAUAAUAUAGAAAAAUCACAUGUCAUGUAAAAAAUAUAAAUUCAAUAUACUUAAACACUGUGAUUUUCCGAAAUAAGAGUUCUAUUUCCCUCUUAAAUAUGAGUAAUUACUGUUAUGUUUGGAAAAUAUUGUCAAUUAUUAUGGCAUUAAUGAUGUCACAUCAAUGCUUGAUAAUGUUGAGGUAUGCCAGCAUUAUUCCGGUGGUAGUAAUUUACUUCUAUUUAGGGUAAAAAUAUAGUAUACCUAGUAACCUAUUUAAGGAAACCACAAUGUUUUUACUCCUAUUUGGGGAAACUUCCCUAAUAUUGACAACUAAAACUCUUAGACACUUCUUCGUGUGUUGUAUAUUUAGAACAUCUAUUCUUGAAAUUUCGAAUUCUAAAUGAUGUUCAUGGUUGAGUUUUAUAUUUAGAUUAGACAUCUAACGUUUUAGAUGGUUUUUGCUAUCAUAUCAUAGACAGUAAAAACAUAUGGCAAAUUUUUAAACUUUCCUAUUUUGUUUCUUAUUGUCAAUAUUUAUAUUUUUUGCAUGCCCCGUUUCCUAUACAUUCACCAUAAUAUGUAAUGUGGAUGAGGGCAAUUUGGUACUUUAAUUAGUCACGGGAGACCAAUUGACUAUAGAAGAUUUCAUUAUAUUCCUUUAAGCCUCAAGGAUUUUAGUGUACAACAACAAUAACAUUACUCCCGGUGCCGUGGGGGGGGGGGUAGGCAGUCCCUGUACUAACCUCAAGGAUUUAAGUGUGCAUUUAUGAAAUAGUAGGGGUAUAAAUGAUAUUCUGACAAACUUCACGGGAGGUUAUUGAUAUUCUCCGAUCACUAUAAAUCUUAUAUCCAAGAUCGUUUGGAGUAAUUGAUUAAACAUUCUGAUAAACUUCACGGGAGGUUAUUGAUUAAACCUGCUUGUCAGUUGACUUUAUGAUAUUUUUACUUAAACAUUGAAGUGCACUCUUAAAGCGAGGUUUUUAUGGUGGGACCCAAAAGGUCAUGAAUUGGGACUAUUUUCAGGACGGAAAGCUAGGUAGUAUUCUUGAAGAUACCAGUAAUGUUGUUUAUAGUGAUUUUGUGUUUUUUUUUGUAACGAGAACAUUUUGUUUCAAUUACUUAUCAGGAUUUCAUAUUUGGUCAUCGGCUUGGGCUCCUCUAAUCAAUUGGUGGACAUGGUACACUAUAACGAAUUUCCAUUUGGUAGUCAGUUCUUUCAUGAAGAGUUGGGAUGGUUUCACUUGUACUGAAUUUUUUAGGUUUAAUCUGAACUAGUUUGAACUGUCUUGUCUGUUUAGGUCCGGGUGAUAUGGUGUAUUUUACUAUCUCUCUGUCUCUAUGGUUGAUGUUUGUGCAGAGAAAAAUAAUAUUGACCACAAUUUUGUUUGAGAUGGCCAGUUGAGGAAAGUUGACAUAGUAGUAGUAAUAGAAGCUAAUAGUUAGACCGCAUGCGUACAGUAGAGAGUCAUGGCAUGCUGCUUAGCUUCUAGUUCGGAAGACAUAAAUCCCAAACGCUAUAAUAACAAACAGAGCAGCGACAGCAUUCACCAGCAACUGCGGUGGCCUCUUUUCGGGAAGGCCCUUGCUAUUAAUCUCCCCUCUAUGAUUAGCUGCUGGCAGCUUGUUCUUCUCCUUCUCAGCCUUGUCGUACUCCUCCUUUCUAUCAGUAUUCUCCACUUGAUGCGGGUUGGCGGCGGCAGGGGAUGGAUGAGUAGUUGGCUUCUUUUGUUCCUCCCCCGAAGUUGUUGUUUCCGGAGGCGAACGGCCCCCGGGUUUGUUCACUGCUUCAUCAUCAUGACAUGGCAUUGUAAUGGUGAGGACUCCAUUUUGGAACUUGGCUGUGACUUUAUGGAUGUCACACCCUCCCGGAACUGUGAAAUCUUGCCGGAACCUUUUCGAACCCAUCUCCCCACAAAUCUCCAACUUGUUCCCCCCCUUUUUAACCACCUUUAGACUGUCC